AUGGUCUUGCAUCUGCUAGGCAAAAAGUCAUGGAACGUCUACAACACAGACAAUACUGCCCGCGUCCGGCGCGAUGAAGCAGAAGCCAAGACGCGAGAAGAAGAGGAACAGCGCCGUCUACAGAAAGCCGACGCUGAGAAGCGCAUACAGAUUCUACGGGGCCAACGCUCACCAUCUAAUUCACCUCCCCCAUCACUCGAAGCAAAACCGAAAGCUUCUCAGCGAAGGGAAGCAGAACAAGAACCGCGUCAUCGCAAACGAAGACGUAUAGCUGGUGAAAAUGAUACAGAUCGCGAUAUACGAUUUGCUAGGGAAGAUGCGCAGCUCGCAGAGGCGACACGUGAAGAGGAUGUUGUCCUCUUCCGCAAAGAGGCAAAGGACGCCCCGCUGAUUGAUGAAUCGGGCCAUAUUAACCUGUUUCCCCCAUCUGCAGUAGCAAACGAUCCUUCUGGUAACUCAGGGAAGAAUCCAGAAGCCGAGAUGGAGGCAGCAAGGAAGAAACGUGAAUAUGAAGACCAGUAUACCAUGCGCUUCUCAAAUGCGGCAGGUUUUCGGCAGAGCUUGGACAAGAACCCAUGGUAUUCGUCGUCAAAUGUUGACAUUGCGGCACAGACAGCAGAGGAUAUGUUGCCCAAUAAAGAUGUGUGGGGAAAUGAAGAUCCGCGCAGGCAGGAAAGGGAGAGGGAGAGGAUCACUUCCAACGAUCCGUUAGCGGCGAUGAAAAAAGGGAUUCAUCAGUUGAAGGCCGUGGAGAAGGAGAGGAAGAAGUGGGAAGAGGAGAGGAGAGAAAAGCUAAGGGAUCUGAAGAAAGAGGAGGAAAGGAAGCAGAGAAGAUAUUCGAGUCGUCAUCGGAAAGAGAGACGGCGGCGAAGGAGGCGGGGAUCUGAUGCUUCACGGGAUAGUUUGGAGGGAUUCAGUCUGGACGCUGAUGUUCCUCUUGCGGAGAAUGCCCGUGAGCGUGAGAGUUCUAAGAAACGUAACUCACAUCGGGACCGGCGGGAGCGGAGUCGGGAUCGGUCUCCGAGACAUUCACGUUCCCAUGAUGAUCGCCAUUCUCACCGAAGCUCCAGGAACCACGACAAGGAACGUGGAAAACGCUCUUCUGGUGAUGACCAGUCAUCGGGCUGGGUGCCAGCUCCCGGGAAACGAUACAGUGCCCAGUUUGCCAACGUAUAG